GAGCAGACGCAGACUGCUUCACUCCAUAAGAGCAGCGGCUAGCUAGAGACAUGGCGCUGCUCGAAGCUGUGGUGUUCCCUCAAGAUCACCGACGCCUUCCGUGCUGCAGGUCGCGCGACACAAGCUGCAUCCUUUGCGGCUAUUGCGUCGACGUCGUUACCGGUGAGCUCGAGGGCGUCGUGGUGCAGGACAACGAAGAGCUCUUGGCGGAAACGCCGCACGGCCACGGGAGCGCCUGCUGUGCCGCCUGGACUGCCGACGUCGCGGGCGCUGCGACCAGCUGGGUUGGUCCCGUGCCGUCGUCCGCGCGGCAGCCGGUGCAGCAGGCUGUGGUCUGGAGGCGGCGGCGGAAGAGGACGACCGCGAAGGCCGAGAGGAACGUGGAGGAGGCGGAGAGCCAGCGGCUGAACCACAUCGCCGUGGAACGCAACCGGCGGCGGCAGAUGAACGAGUACCUCGCCGCGCUCCGCGCCCUCAUGCCGCCAUCGCACGGACGACGGGGCGACCAGGCGUCCAUAGUAGGAGGCGCCAUCAAUUUCGUCAGGGAGCUGGAGCACCGCCUGCAAUCACUGCAGGCUCACAAGCGAUGCCGCACCGCUGCCGACGGCCGGCGCCCCGACCUCGAGGCUUUCGCUGGCUUCUUCACGUUCCCACAGUACUCCAUGGCUGCGGCGGCCGACGUAGACGAUGCCAGCAACACGCGGCCGGGCGUGGCCGACGUCGAGGCGGCCGUGUCGGACGGCCACGCGACCGUGAAGGUGCUGGCCCCGCGGCGGCCGGGGCAGUGCUUGCUGCUCAGGUUCCUGAUGGAGAUGCAACGCCACGGCCUCGCCGUGCUCCACCUCAACGUCACCACCACGGCCGAUCAGAUGGUUCUUUACACCAUCACUUUAAGGAUGGGGGACGGGUGCCAGCUCUCGUCGGCCAGCGACGUCGCGGCCGCGGUGCACGACAUCGUUGCCGGCAUGUACACCGCAGAAGAGCUUCUAAUUAGCUAGCAAAUUAAGGAAAUGUUGAGCUCAUCCGCAGUUGCAGGAUAAUUAGUCCAUUCUUUCUGUUAAGGACUGCA